AUGGAUGAGGAUACAGCCCGGGCAUCGCAGGAAACACCAGCUGCAUACCUUUAUCUGGUAGAUACCCGAAGCGACAACCAAUCCCAGCAGUUGUUUCCGAUCUGGGAACGCGAAAUAUUCAGGAUUGGACGAGAUCCUCGCUCAAACACGUUGGCGGUCGAUAAUGAUACGGACACAGCAGUCUCCCGAAACCACUGUGAGAUCUAUACUGUGGUGUACGAACCAACUGUCAACCACAUCUAUGUGCGGGAUCGGAAAUCUUCGAAUGGGACCUUUGUAAACGGCCAACUCAUUGGUUCUGGUCCAGAGAUUAGCUCCGGCUACCUGCUGCAAGACGUCGUUCAAAACCAGCCACCUCCUCGCCAUGAGUUGACGAGCCUGCAGCAAGAGGAGUGCAAACUAUUUGCCAGCAAGUACAGUGUCACAGAUCGCUGUCUUGGCCAAGGAGCUGAAGCUGCCGUCUGCCUUGCAAACGAUGUCCAAACGGGAAAACAGCUGGUCUGCAAGUUGAUCAACCUCGACAAGAUCCAGGGAAAGAACGCUCAAGAGGACAUCCGCCGCAAGUUUCAAGAGGCCGACAUCCUGCGCCAAUUGCGACAUCCCAACAUCCUCCCCUAUGUAGAUGCCAUAUCAUCUCCGCACUCACUCUACACGUUCACUGAGCUUGCCUCGGGUGGCGAUCUCAUGUCAUUCCUCCACCGCCAUGGCACCGUCAGAGAACUAGAUUCGCGAAUCAUUAUCCGCCAAGUAGUUCGUGGCCUUUGCUAUCUUCACGAGAAAGAAAUUGUACAUCGUGAUCUCAAGCCAGAGAACAUUCUCUUGGCCUACUCUCCCAAGAUUGCAUACCAUCGAGUUAUGCUUUCGGAUUUUGGCAACUCUGCUGUCCCUCGGCGUAGUAGAAUGCUCACAAAUGCUGGGACAACAGGCUAUCAGGCGCCGGAGUUCUUGGCAAGCGGGCAGGCCCAUACGUCGGCUGUCGAUAUCUGGUCCCUCGGGGUUGUUGCACUGGUGCUUCUGGCAUCUGACCAUCACGACACAGAGCUCAACAGGAUGGACGAAGAAGAAAUUGGGGAGUAUAUCAUGCAAAUCUUCAACGUCCUGCCGAAACAGAUUUCUUCUGACGGCAUUGAGUUUGUCUGGAGCUGUUUAAAAGUAGACCCUUUGCACAGAAUCAGUGCCCACGAGGCAAUGAGCCAUGACUGGCUGUGCAAUCCGCAGAAGAACCAGGAAUUAUACAGACGUAUGGACUUCAGGAUUUUAUCCUCUUGGAGGCCCCAGAACAAGCUCAAGCCCAUGCCAUGGGUACUGCCUGAUCUUGCCCUAAGCAGCCCGCCAACACCUUCGAGAAGUCCAGGAUCCUCGACCAGCCAGUAUUUUACCACCACGCCUACGCGAUUCAAGGGCUCCCCCGGGGAAUCUGAAAACAAUGCCGACACGCAAGCUAAGCCCGACUCAGGACAUGAGCUUGAGGGAGCAGUCCCGACUUUCGUGGUACCCACACGACCAUCCGAUGCCAAUUCUGGAAACCCGGAGGCGUACCUGGCUCAGAAAAAGGUCAAACAAAUUCAGCCACCUUGGCAAGACUUUCUGAAGCCCGGCCGUCCAUCGACUGUGGAUCUCCCAUCCAAACGCAGAAGAGUUCCGAGAUCCAGUGUUCACGACACUGCAGGACUUCCCUUGCCUGGGCUGGAUCGACACUUACGGGCGCCUGCUAAGUACCAUCAUCGGCAAGACGUUCUAUCUGCACUUGAGAGGGCGAACUCGAAGUUUCUCGUCGAUAAGAGCCCUAAUAUUCCAAGCACUCCUUGCGGUACUCUUGCUACUGCUUCGUUAGCGCCUCCAACUAGCCCUAAGAAACGACAGAGUAUAUACGAUGUGAGGGUUGAAGGGUCAGAUGGGAUCGACAUGCUGAACCCGCCUCCUCAAAUGAGGCUUCGUUAA